AUGCACCUGCGUUCUCAUUCCCGUCGCUGCUUUAGUCAGUGCCGCAAAAAGCGCGGCAUAAUUCGCAAGCGGUUACUUGCUGGCGGGUUUUUACUGGUGCUGGUUCUGCUACUGAGCAGGUGGCUUGGGCGAGGUCCGCUGCGGGCUUCUCCCGGUUCCACUGAACCCGAAAAGCUACGGGUCGUGGGAAAACUGAAUAACCUUGUGCGGCCGGGUCAUACGGGUCACCUUAUAGAGGUGCUUCCAACAACCGGCUCCUUGGGAGUCGUGAUUGCUCGUUUUCACGACAAGCGUGGGCAGGUGCAGGAGCUCUUUCAAGGCUGUUUCGCUGUACGGAAAACGGACACUUCUACAGCGAACGCAGCUCCGCAACCAGUUUACGUGCGAGUCUGUCCUGCUGACGAGGAAAAAGUGACCACAAGCGAGGAACUUGCUGAAACGAGUUCUGAGUACGAGUCGUUGGAGCUGUGGCGUCACUCGUUGCGCUCGAGCCCACAGGAAAGCAUCUGGCGGCGUGUCGGAUCCGGUGAGUGCCUUGGCGUCGAUACCAAAACGUGGCAACUUGUGCUAGGCCUGGAGAACUGCAUCGUUUGGGAUGAACGGGAAAAAGGAACCCUCUCUGCCGGUCAGAUCCGUCUGGAACUGCAAGCACCGCUCCUUCGACUGGAUCGCCUGCGAGCCAAGAGCCUGCGCAACAAGCGGUCGAACAAUGUCGCAUCCGCAAAUUUACCCAGUGCGUUCAAGGAGGUUCCUGAAGUGUUGCCUUGGCCACUUGGAGCGCAGACGGUGCGGCUCGAGUCGAGAACUGGGCGCUCCACGAAAGCGCUGUUGCUGGCACUGGACGCCCCCCGACUGGAUGUAUUGGCCGCUAUCUCACCGGCGUUUCGGGAGCGUCAUCGAUCCACCAUUGGCAUGGUAACCGUGCGGCGCUAUGUACCGCUGUCACGGUACACGCCUGAGGAUCUCCAGCGAACUCGCUUUCCGCCGGAGCGCAUGCCCCCAGUGGAUCCGAAAGACCGAACGAUUCGGUACCCAGCACCGGCAUCAAAUGUUUCAUCCCAGCAUCAGACGCUUGCCGGACACUAUGUAGAAACCAAGGUUGAACGAAAGAACCGAACGCUCUGUCUCUCGGUGACGAGCCUCGCGGACCGCACGGUAGACCUGCUGCCGUGCGAGUCGAAGCAUGAUGAUCCGGAUGGUCAGCACCAAGUCUGGAACCGGGACGGGCAACGCAUCUACACAGCGCUGAGCCAUGAACUCUGUCUCGAUACCGAGACGCAACGGAAACUGCUUCCGUGCCCACUGCGGAACGUCACCUGUGGAGGCGUGUACGCCACCGUGGCUUCCGUGAUCCUGAGCUUUUGGCGCGAUCCGGUGUACAUGCCGACUGCUGCUGCUGCUUCUGCUGCUGCUUUAUCUGUUGAUGCAGCGGGGAUGCCGAGCCUCUCUCCGGAACACGAGUUCAUCGACAAACUGCACUUGUUUGCAAGCAACUACCCGCCCGAUGACGAGUAUCUGCGCGUGUUCCGCCACAAUCCCACGAGAAUCAACAUUCAUCGAUGGGAUGAGGCGUUUCGGGAUCAUCUUGAAACGUCGGGGGCAAUGCCGCUCGAGCGUAUUCAGCAAAGCCGGCACGCAAUCGGUACCGUGAACUACUAUGCUGCUCUACGAGGACUUGAUCUUUUUGCAUCACCAGAGCGCGACCUGGUCCUACUAGAGGAUGAUGUCAAAGCUGCCGACGACGCCUGGGUGAAUAUGCUUCACACGCUGCGCUCCAUUGAGCACGAUCUGGACAGUUUGGCACAGGCGCCGAACCGGAGAUACUCCUUCCCGCCGAAUACGAGCUACGCUGCGCAGCUCUAUGUACCGGAGAAAUGGCAUGACCCGCGGCUGGGAUGGCCGUACGCGUUCUUAGAACACUCGCGGAUCUAUGGAACCCAAGCUUUGGUCUAUCCAGCGGGGACACGUCGUCGGAUGGUCGAACACUAUCUGCGCGGUAUCACGCAGACGCAGGAUCCGUUCCUGAUCCCCAAGUACGAUCUUCAUCUGCAUGACUUGGACUUUCCAUUUUUCGGACUGGCACGCUCUGCUUUUGAGCACAGCGGCUGUGCGUCGACGGGUCUCGGGGCCGGUUUACAUCGCUCGCGAACCUGGACGCCGUGCGAGCUGGUAUACUCGCUGGAGCGGCUCGCCACCGGAACCACUGUACAAGCUGUCCGUUCCCACGUAUGGAGCGGGACCAAACGGAGCCCGCCUCUGGUCACCGCCUCGGACUUGAACCGAGUAGAGCGAGCGCCCAAGCAACCCGUCAGGUUUGAGUUGGUCGUAAUGGAUGAUCCCGCGACGGAGACGGAGGAAAUCGUAUCGCGGCCGAUAGCUCGCUACGCUUCACUGUCGUCGCUUCUGGCGGCGGCAUGGGCUGACGGUGCGACCACACUAGACCGCCUGGAGCAUAUCUACUUUGUGGGUGACGAUUCAGGGCCGAUUGCCCAUCAUCAGGUCAUGAGCAUGCACCCGGAUGCUGCGGCGUGUGUCGAAGCCGUUGUGAGGAGUCCAUCGACUCCGAUUGCAUCGGAGAAGAUUCUCAUAUUCCUACAGCACCAGCGACCUCUCUUUGCCGAGUAUGCGCUAGCGUUUCCGGAUGGCUGGUUUACGCGCCUCGAAGGCCUGAUCCAGCGCAUCCGUUCUUCAGCUGCUGCACAUACAAACCUGCCGCCGCUGGUCAUGUUGGGUCUCUAUGCAAAACCGAGCGAUGGUGCAUCGCCCGAGACUGUAUGGAACACGACGGCGUCGAAUAUCUAUCUAGAUCGUGCCUCACAGAGACGUUGGGACGAUUCCGUUUGUGAAAAACUAGAUCUCGUUGUGAUUGCAGGCGCAGCUGAAGGAAAACUCGGAUUGCUGCGGCAACUACUGGGGUCGCAGCGGCCGCGAACGCUCGUAGAGCUCUGUCGCAUUUUGCAGCAGAGCGACUUGAUCUCUCCUGUGCUCCCGGACGUACACGAGAAUGCAAAUCUGUAUCCAGUACUGGAGACGUACUAG